AUGACCAAGCGCACCAAGAAGGUCGGCGUGACCGGUAAAUAUGGUACCCGUUACGGUGCCUCCCUGCGAAAGCAGGUGAAGAAGAUGGAAAUCACCCAGCACGCCAAGUACACCUGCACCUUCUGCGGAAAGACCACCGUCCGAAGAAAGUCUGUCGGUAUCUGGAACUGCCGCGCCUGCAGCCGAACCAUUGCUGGCGGUGCCUACACUGUUGCCACACCCGCCGCCGCUGCCAUGCGAUCAACUCUGCGACGAUUGAGGGAGAUUGCUGAGGUUUAA